AAAAAACCCUCUCCCUGGACCCAUACCAUGGCCAAUUAUAGGUAUGUGGGAAAGCGAUAUGGCGAUGGCCAAUAAAUUUCAAAAAAAAUAUGGUGAUAUCUGGGAAGUCUGGAAAUGGUCAGAAAGACAUGUAUGGAUAGGUCGUGCGGACUUGGUUACAAAAUUGCUUAAUCCUUCUCAUUCAAAUAAUAAUUUUCCUUUUCGUACAACCGAAAAUGAAGGCCUUGAUUUAAUGGAUAUGACAUCUAAGGGUGUAGUUUUUAAUCUUGAUUGGAAUAGUUGGAAUUUUAACCGAAAUUGCGUGAAUCGAAUUUUGAAUUCACAGAAAUUUUUAAGGCAAUCUAUAGUUUGCACUCAAAAUCUCUUUACAGAAAUGGAAAAUUAUUGGUUAUCAAAUGGUCUUGAUAAAGAAUUGGAUCUCGCACAAUGGAUGACGAGAUUUAUGACUGAUUCUACUCUUAUUACGACGACAAAUAAAAAUUUUUAUGCUUUGGCUAACUAUUAUGAUACAUUGUCUAACACGGAAUCUUCGAAAUACCCUUUGAAAGAUUCCGAAAGAUUUGUUGCAGCUAUUAGAACACAUUUUAUGGC